UUAUGUCCUCCAUGUUACACCUGCCAGAGAGGGCGGAGUCAAUGAUGUCACCUGAAGCCGGAGGGGGGAGGGGGACCAUUGGCCUCCUACGCCGACUCUCUCGCUCUCUCUCUCUCUGUGUGUCUCUCUCUCUCUGUGGGAAAGUUCGUCUGUAAACACUCGUCUUCCACCUCAGACAACAAACACAUGUCGUCUUCCCCGUGAAGAGGAGGCACUAUGCCGGGACAACGGACACAACGCGACCUGCUCCAAAUAUUCCGGAUUUGUGGAGGAUUUUAAGUCUUGUGGGAGAAGCUUCCGCGGAGGGAUUUAUACCGAGCAAAGAGAUGGGAAAGGUGAUCCUGAUGGCGGUUCUGCUGGCUCACCUGCCGACUGAGCUGCUCUCCAUCCAGGUGAUUGUUCCAGAGACGGAGAGGAGCACGACUCUGUUCGCCAAUGUGAUCCUCCGCUGUGACUACUCAACUUCAGCAAACGCUCAGGAUGUGCUGGUCACCUGGAGGUUCAAGUCCUUCUGUAAAGACCCGGUGCUGGAGUACUACUCCACAGUCUAUCAGGCAUCUCUGCAGCUGGGUCAGGACCCCGCCAAUGACUGCCCUGACCGCCAGCGAACAAUCCGCACCGUGGUCCAGAAGAGGGGCAUUAAUGAGCCAAUCCUGGGGGUAGAAUACAGGACACGCAAAAUUACCAUUCAAAACAAGGCUGACCUCAUCAUCAACGAGGUGAUGUGGUGGGACAACGGCAUGUACUUCUGCACCAUCGACGCCCCCGGUGACACGUCGGGCGACUCGGACGCCGAAAUCAAACUUAUCGUGUACCACUGGCUGACCGUCCUGUUAAUCAUCAUCGGUGCUCUGCUGUUCAUCUUGCUCCUCUGCAUAUGUUGCUGCCAGUGCUGCCCGCAGAAGUGCUGCUGCUACGUCCGCUGCCCGUGUUGUCCGCAGAUAUGCUGCUGCCCGGAGAAAGCUGUGAUGCAGCACAGGAUGAUACGGGAGGCUCAGAAGGCCAUGACCCCUUGGAUGAACGGUCAACCCAUCUACGCUCCGAUUAGCUCCAACCCCUCCUCCCAGGGCGUUCCCAUACUGUACUCAGGCUCGUACUCGGACUACCCCACCAAACAAAACUUUGCCAUGGAACCCAUCCAGCUGUCCCCCAUGGCCAUGCAGCAUCCGCAUCCGCAUCAGCAUCAGCAUCCGCAUCAGCAUCCGCAUCAGCAACCACAUCAGCAACCACAUCAGCAACCACAUCAGCAACCACAUCAGCAACCACAUCAGCAACCACAUCAGCAUCAACUUCAGCGUCAGCCUCCACGCCAUGUAAACGGCAGUGUGCAUGGCGGCAGUCAUGGCACUGGUCAGGUGUUGGACUUCCUGGAAACCCAGGUGAGGGGGCUGGAUGUGGGAGCCCCCCAAAUGGUCCCCCACCCUCACCAGAAUAUGCUCCCAUUACAGCCUCAGCUACCUCUUCAAGCCGUUCCCUACACGCCAGGGCCCCCGAGUAUGUUGUCAGCCCUGGAUGAGAUGGGGGUGAGAGGGGUAGAAAGAAGGGUGAUCACCCUGCCCCCGAUAAUCCAGCGUGGACCCAGCUUUUCCUCACGCAGGGGUUCUGGUGGUGGCGACAGAGCCAGAGGCGGUCCCAGAAUAUCCAGCCAGUCCAGUGGGAGUACAGAUCGCCCCGGAGGAGACGGUCGCGGCUAUCGGGACGUCUCUCCUCCCAGACGAGGGAUCCUGCGCGAUGACAGCGAUGACUCUGAAUGGGAGAACCGGCGAGCCGUCGCGCCACACAGGAGCUCGAGGAACAAGAGUGGAGGUGCGGCCGCGAGAAGAGGAGGCGGAUCCAGACCGCGGACGCGGAGUCGCGACGACGUGAUGGAGGAGCAACGCGGCGGCAGAGCAGCUCGGAGGGAAAGAAGCUAUUCGCCUCCUCAGCGUCGCAAAGGAUCCUCCUGGAGCUCAGAUGAGGAGGACAGCGGCGGGAGGAAAGGAGGUAGAGGGAAGGAUUGGCCAGAGAAGCCACCCAGCUACCUCUCCAUUGAGAACCAGCCUGGACGUAGUGAUGGUCAGAGGAACUACAACCACCUUUCUGAUAGAAGUUCCCGUAGCGGCACCAGCGUCGUCAUCUGAAGCAUUUCUAUCUAGCACUUUUUUUCCUUUUUUUUCCCCUUGUUCCUGAAUGUUUCCAGAGCGGUGAAAAUGAAGACGGACAGUAGGUAGUUUCAUCUGUUCAAUCAACCUGCUGGAAUUUUGUUGUGAAAUGAAAUGGAGUCUUGAAGAUGUACUGCAUGGAUUGGCUUUUACUCCUGAUGCACCGGAUGUCAGUGCAAUGGAAACUAUAGUUCAAGCAUGAAGUAAAGCUGUUUAGUUGAGCCCUAAGUUGCAGAUGUGAUGAAGGCCAUGUGUGAUUAGUGUCCUAUUUGCUUUAAAUGGCGUAAUUUGUGUCAGGUGAUGGAUAAAAAUAUCUUCUUUUGUGUUUUUUAAGCGAAUGUUCAACAGUUUCAACAAGCAGAAUGUUAGAUACUGUGAUAUCUUGUAGGUUAUUUAGGUUCAUCAUUGUGAACAUGUAAUGUGUGAGACAGAUACAGUGUGUAUUGUUUUUUAUAUUUUAUAAUUUUUGCAUAAUUUCUUGUCCUAUUUAAAAUGUGUUUUUUUUACCGCAGCAACAAAUGUGUGUUGUAUGAAGAUGGAUAGAGUGGGUCGACUUACUGAACUUAUUGAAUGAUCAACACCAAUGUAUAAUUGCGAUUUCCAUUAAUGUAUGUUUUAAAUUAACCUUUUUACAUACAAUGAGUGUGAAGUGGGUCAUUUAUAUAUGUUUUUUAUACAUUGUAUAUAGAUUGAUCAAUAAAUAAUGAACUCAACUGAAACCAUAUGGGGAUAAUGAACUCAACUGAAACUAAUGCUAAUGUGCUAAUAAUAAAAUAAUUACAUUGAA